AUGGUUUAUUCCAAGGCGGUGAGCGUAUGCAAAGUGGUUGGGUCAACCAUGCCAGGUGGCGGGCGACCAUGCAAACUAGUCGGUGUUCAUCCAAGGUGGUCGGGUCGGCCGUGCAAGGUGACGGGCGACCAUGAAAAGUGGUCGACGUUCAUCCCAUGUGGUCGAGUUGGCCAGGUAAGGUGGGCAGCUCGGCAUCCAACCAGCGACAAAUCUAAAAAUCUUACCUCAUAA